ACUCAAAUCAAGCGAACAAACAAGGGUUUCUUCUUCUCUCUCUCCGAUGUUGUCCUUUCAGGUACAUAAUUCAUAGCAAAUGUUUGGCUUGGCUCGGACGCAUGGGGUUGAUGACGGUGCUUGGCUUGGCUCGGCUUGCAUCGGCAUCGUCGCCGUCGCUGGCCUUGACGCCAUCGCCCACCGGACAAACGAGCGCGGACUCCACCACGCGCGCUCUCGCCUGCCCGCUGCUUCCUUGUCCUUGCUUUAAAUUUAAGGGAACUCCCCACCAGCGCCGCUCCAACAGGCUACGACGACGCACGCGCGCGCGCAUGGAAGAGAUCCUUCUCCCCGUGGCCGCCCACGACGCGGCAGCCUUCGUGCUGUCCCGCCUGCCCCACCCCGGCACAGCGGCCGCCGACGCUGCCGCCUUCGUAGACGCCGCCACGGGCGCAAGCCUCUCUUUCUCCGCGCUCCGCCGGGCCGCGCUGUCCCUCGCCUCCGCGCUCCGCCUCGGCCUCGGCCUCCGCCGCGGCGACGCCGUCCUCGUCCUCGCGCGCGACUCGCUCCUGCUCCCGCAGAUACUCCUCGGCGUCCUCGCCGCCGGCGCCGUCGUGGCGGUCACCGACACGGACGCCACGCCCGCCGAGGUCGCCGCCGCCGCGCGCGCCUCGGCCGCGGUCAUGGUCGUCGCUGCGCCGGACCUGGCCGCCAAGCUCUCCCUCGACGCCGGCGCCGCCGUGGGCCUGCCGCCGCUUCUCCUCACGUCGCGCUCGCCGGAGGAUCCCGCGGCGCUCUCGGCCGAGGAGCUCAUCGACGGCGGUGACCCUGUCGCUGCUGAGGCGGUGGCCGUGUCCGACUCCGAUGUGGCGUUCCUGGCCUACCCGUCGGCGAGAGCGACAGCCGCCGUCGCGAUGACGCACGCCGACCUCGUCGCUGCUAUGGCCCACGUCGUCGCGGACGACGGCCGGGUGUGCCUGGCGUCCCUUCCCAUGUGCAGCGCCCACGGCCUGCCGCUAGUCGCCCUCGGGCUCCCCGCUGCCGGAGUCACGACGGUGCUCAUGCCCCCGCCAUCGUCGCAGUCCGGUACGAAGGCGGCGAGAGAGGCUGUAGCCGUGCACGCCGCGACGGACUUCGUGGCGACUCCUGAGGUGGCGGUGGCAGCUCUCACCGCUCCCGUGCCGCUCGACGGGAAGCUCUCCUCGCUGAGGAGGGUAAUCGUGGCGCCUACACCGUUGGCGCCAGGGGCACGGGAGGAGUUCCGCCGGAGGCUGCCGUGGGUCCAGCUGACGCAGCUGUCCGGCACGCCGGAGAACCAAACAGAGAUGCUAUCACUGCCACCUGAGGUGAUCACACCACCUGCAGGCGCAGCCGUUAUACAGCAAAACAGCCUGCCAGCAGAUCAAGUAUCCGCGACAAACGAGGCUGCCUCCUUGGUGCCACCACCGAAGAAGAUAAACAAGAUUAUUUCGGGAGACAUAUUUUCGAGAUCAACCAUGAGCAAGACCUUGAGGAAGCACCCGGCAACUGGCAACAGACAAGCUGCCUCAAAACUGUAGCAGAUCCUCCGCUUACGUUUCCUGUUCGGAAGCUGCUUGUCAACCUGAUGAAGCAUGAUUAGUCAGUCGAAAUUUCUAGUAUCAAAUGUUGAGUUAUACAGCAAGAGCUGAUAGUUUCUACUAUCAGAUUGUAUGGAAGCAGUCCGUAAGUUCAUGAUAUGAAUAGGGAAAAAAAGUUGCAGAGUUUACCCCCAUACGUAGGGCUGAUUUGGUGACCAGAAAAUUAAAAGGGAUACUUUGAAUAGCAAAGGGGAUUCCUACACCAUGGAUCCCCUCCAAUUGCAUGGUCACCAAAUCAGCCCUUAUGAAGCUAUAAUUCCCUACCUCCGAGAUUUCAAGUGACAGCUUUUGCAGUUUUUUUUUCAUCCCUUAUGUAUGGAACAUAAAAAAAAUCUAAAUUCAGAAGACCUUCAGAUGGAGUACUA